CCUCUUCCUGUUACCUAGUAACAAACGAAAUCAAUCAGUUUACGCAGUCAUUAAAAUUCCAGAUGACAUCUAACUAUUACUAGAUAGUUUUAGCAAAUCCCAACAAUCUACUAUGGCCACAUGUGAUCCUUUACAACCCGUUGUGCUUCUAACUGAUGUGAUGGACUCCGGUAUGAGUGAAACAGACACUGGUGUUCCUCGUAACGCAGAAGAGCCAAACCCAAAUUCUCAAUUGUUUCAAGUGGAACAAACGGAACCUUUAAACCUGUGUCUCAACGGUAGUGUUUUGAAUGACUUUGUCAUGGUUGAAUGCAGUCCUAAGUUAAAGGAAAACGGCAAUUUGAGCGCGCACAGCGAUGAUGAUGUCAUAUUUGUCAAAGAAUAUAAAGUCAACCACGAAAAACAGCAAAGGAGAUCUAAUGGUCAGAAAGUCGGUGGAAAAGGGGAGCCGAGAAGAAACCCUGUUAGAAAAGCGCGGGAUACAAAGCGCUUCAAGGAAUACACUGAUGGAGAUUUUUAUGAUGAAGAGUUUCUGGAUGAAUCGGCGGACGAAGAAAACUCGGUGGAAAUGCAAGAAAAAUUUGUUCCAAAAAGUGAAGAUUCUGAAGAUUGGAAAGUGGAAAGUAUACCUAAAAAGACUAGACAAAGAAGGAAAAUCAUCAGUAGAAAGUUAUCACAUAAACUGGGACGAAAAAGAAAAUUUAACAAAAUCAAGGAAGAAGAGAAGAGAGUAACGUUAGAAGAGUUAGAAUCUUUAGUGCAGUCUAAUCUAAUAUUAAUCAGAGAUUACAUAAAUGAUGUUAAAACUGUAAAAAGCAUAAUGAAGAAAGAAAAUGCAGAAAAUCUAGAAACAUUUGAAGACGUAACGAAGCAUGCUAUUGAUGUAUUUAAGCAGCAGGUGAUUUUGCUGACGGUUGUAAAGGAAAUCGAUACCAGUGACUUAACUGAACACAUAAGAGAAUGGAUAAUUCCUUAGUAGUACAAAUAAGGCAAAUUAGUUUUAGUUAGAUCUUUAGUGUUUACAAAAAUAAAAUAGGUUUGGUGGAAGCAAGGGGGAUAGAUACUUUCCA